AUGAUAUUACCGAGUUAUUUAAAGACUGUCACCAAUUCAACAAAGAUGCCAAAAUCCAUGCAUUUCAAUCUUGCAAAAGUUUCACCCGAUGAUGAUGAAUUACUUGAAAGAGAUGUUGCCUCCUUUACGAAUUUUAAUGAAUUGAAUGACUCAAAAAUUAGAUCAAUGAUGGGAAAUAUUAAGAUGGAGUCCAUUACAAGUGCUCAUAUUACAACCAGUUUGGAUAGAGAUGAUUCUUUCAGGGAAUGGUUGGAUAAUGAAACUAUGGGCAUAUCAAAGGAAUUGGCAACAAUUGAAAAGGAUGAAAAAAUUGCAAGAAAAGCUGCAAAAUUGAACAAGAAGAAAGCUGUUCAGCAGGUUGAAAAAACACAAUCAUCCAAUUUGAAGGAAAAAGCUACUACCAAAACAAACGAAGGAGAAAGUAUUAAUAAUUUGCAGGAUCAUGAAAAAAUUUCCAGUAAUGGUGAAACUGUCGGUUUUAUAGAUUCGACACAAUCAACAGAUAUUAAUUAUGAGGAGAAUGAGUCAGAAAAUGUACCAGAAAUUAUGACUCCACCUACUACGGAAUUACCACCAGUUUUGGAAGUUGAAGCAAGAAGUUUGGAGAGGAAUCACGAGGUGAGUAAUCCCGGGUUUCCAACAAUUUCUCAACAAUGUGUCAAUUUGAAUAAUGAUCAUCAACAAAAGAAUACUAUUGAACAAGAACAAUGUGGUGAAAGUUUUAGUGACACUGGAGCAAAUGAAGGUUCUAUCGGCGUUGAAAAGACCUGA